AUGGCGAGUACUCCAUCAAGCCCGCCAAAGAAAACGGCGCCGGGACGACCGCCGGUGAAGUUUGCUCGCCGGACGUCGAGUGGCCGUAUCGCGAGCCUGUCUCGGGACGACGAUCUAGAAAGCAUAUCCAGCGAAUUCUCCACCCAAAAUGACUACAUGAAUUACACCGUCAUGAUGCCGCCGACGCCGGACAACCAACCGAUUCCCGGCGCAAAUUCCGGCGCCGGCGCCGGAGACGGAGGUGGUGGAGAAGGAGCGAAGAUGGACCGGAGAAUAUCGGUGAUGAAAUCGAAUAACAACAAGUCGAUGCUGCUGAGAACGCAGACGGGAGAUUUCGAUCACAACCGUUGGUUGUUUGAGACCAAAGGAAAGUAUGGGAUUGGAAAUGCUUAUUGGUCUCAAGAAGAAGACACCUAUGAAUCAGAUGUUAGUAUGUCUGAUUUCAUGGACAAGCCAUGGAAGCCUCUCACUAGGAAGGUCAAGGUUCCUGGUGGUGUUCUUAGCCCUUACAGGUUACUAGUGGUGAUCCGAAUGGUAGUGCUGUCAUUUUUCCUAGCAUGGAGAAUCCAAAAUCCAAACAACGAUGCAAUGUGGUUAUGGGGCAUGUCAAUUGCUUGUGAGGUCUGGUUUGCAUUUUCAUGGCUUUUGGAUAUCCUCCCUAAGCUGAACCCCAUCAACCGCGCCACCGAUCUCGCCGCCCUUCGUGACAAGUUCGAGCAGCGCACACCGUCCAACCCCAACGGCCGCUCGGACCUUCCUGGUGUGGAUGUGUUCGUCUCCACUGCUGACCCUGAAAAGGAACCUCCUUUGGUCACUGCCAACACCAUUCUCUCUAUUCUUUCAGUUGACUACCCUACUGAGAAGCUCUCAUGCUACAUUUCUGAUGAUGGAGGUGCCAUUCUCACCUUUGAGGCCAUGGCUGAGGCUGUUAACUUUGCUCAGGUUUGGGUACCAUUUUGUCGAAAGCACAACAUAGAACCAAGAAAUCCAGACAGUUACUUCAACAACAAAACCGACCCAACUAAGAACAAGAAGCUUACUGAUUUCGUCAAGGACCGGCGUUGGAUCAAGAGAGAGUACGACGAGUUUAAGGUGAGGAUCAACGGUCUGCCGGAGGCAAUAAAGAAGAGAAGCGAAAUGUAUAACUCGAGAGAGGAAGCAAAGGAGAAAAAGCUAGCCAGAGACCAAAACGGUGGACUUUUGCCAGCAGAGCCUAUCAAAGUCACCAAGGCAACAUGGAUGGCAGAUGGGACACAUUGGCCUGGGACAUGGCUCGCCUCCUCACCUGACCAUGCCAAGGGAGAUCACGCCGGUAUUUUGCAGGUAAUGACUAAGGUCCCAGAGAAUGAGCCAGUGAUGGGUUACCAAGACGAGCAAAAGCUAGACUUCACCGGAGUGGACAUCAGGCUGCCAAUGUUCGCCUACGUGUCGAGAGAGAAGAGGCCAGGGUACGAUCACAACAAGAAGGCAGGAGCCAUGAACGCCAUGGUUCGAGCCUCGGCAAUACUCUCCAAUGGACCAUUCAUCCUCAACCUCGAUUGUGACCAUUACAUCUUCAACUCUUUGGCUAUUAAGGAAGGAAUGUGCUUUAUGAUGGACCGUGGAGGGGACAGAAUUUGCUACAUCCAGUUCCCACAAAGAUUUGAAGGGAUCGACCCCUCUGAUCGAUAUGCAAAUCACAACACUGUUUUCUUUGAUGGCAACAUGAGAGCUCUUGACGGUCUGCAAGGCCCGGUGUACGUGGGAACAGGGUGCAUGUUCAGGCGAUACGCGCUCUACGGGUUUCACCCGCCGAGGGCGCACGAGUACAUAGGGGUGUUCGGCCAAACGAAAACGAGAGCUCCAAAUUACCAGUCAGGACACUUGGAGGAAGAUGAGUCGGAUACACAGCCAUUAAAUUCACAUCCUGAUCUUGGUUUGCCUAAGAAGUUUGGAAACUCAAACGUGUUUACUGAAACCAUUGCCGUUGCUGAGUACCAAGGACGCCCUCUUGCUGAUCACAGCUCUGUCAAGAAUGGCCGCCCUCCAGGCGCACUCCUCCUGCCACGUCCUCCUCUUGACGCCCCAACUGUCGCCGAAGCCGUUGCCGUCAUCUCUUGCUGGUACGAGGACAAGACAGAAUGGGGAGAUAGAAUAGGGUGGAUAUACGGGUCCGUAACGGAGGACGUGGUGACCGGCUACCGGAUGCACAACCGGGGUUGGCGGUCAGUCUACUGCAUCACAAAACGAGACGCCUUCCGUGGCACCGCUCCAAUCAACCUCACCGACCGGCUGCACCAGGUGCUCAGGUGGGCCACAGGCUCAGUCGAGAUUUUCUUCUCCAAGAACAAUGCUCUUCUAGCCACGCGCCGUCUCAAGUUCCUCCAGCGCGUGGCGUACCUCAACGUGGGAAUCUAUCCCUUCACAUCAAUCUUCCUCGUCGUUUAUUGUUUUCUUCCAGCUCUGUCCCUCCUUUCGGGACAGUUCAUAGUACAAGGCCUUAACGUGGCAUUCCUUGCCUACCUCCUAAUCAUCACACUAUGCCUGACUCUCAUCUCCCUCCUAGAAGUGAAAUGGUCUGGGAUUGGUCUCGAGGAAUGGUGGCGAAACGAACAGUUUUGGGUCAUCGGUGGGACCAGUGCCCACCUUGUGGCUGUAGUACAAGGCUUAUUGAAAAUCAUAGCAGGUAUUGAGAUCUCGUUUAAGUUGACUUCUAAGUCAGGUGGGGAUGACGAGGAGGAUGUGUUUGCUGACUUGUACAUUGUUAAGUGGACCAGUUUGUUUAUAAUGCCGUUGACUAUUAUUGUGGUCAACAUUGUUGCGGUGGUGAUUAGUUGUUUUAGGACCUUGUACAGUGUGCUACCGCAGUGGAACAAGCUCUUGGGAGGGACUUUCUUUAGCUUUUGGGUUUUGGCUCAUAUGUACCCUUUUGCUAAAGGGUUGAUGGGAAGGAGAGGACGAGUUCCUACGAUUGUGUUUGUGUGGGCUGGACUGAUCUCGAUUACGAUUUCUCUGCUGCUGAUUUCUAUAAGUCCUCCUGAUGAUACUACUACUACCUCUGGUGGAAACGUUCAGAUAUGAUCAAAUAAAAUGAAACUAGAGUAACAACUAACUUUUUUUCUUUUUUUUUUUUAAAAAAAAAAUUACUAUUUUGCUAUGAUUUUAGGUGGUCUACUCGUAUCAUGAUAAAUGUACCGAUUAAAAUGUUUGUUGUGUGGCUACUAAUGGGGGGCGCCUUUCUAGUGUUAGAGUUCUCUAAAUUUUGUUAUCUCAAGCGUGUAAAUUCUCUUUCUUUAAUUUGUUUUCCCAUUUGUAUUGUUUCGUAGAAACUAUAAUGUGCUU